AUCUUAGCUACGUCAGGAGAGGACGAGAGUGACGGGCAGCAUCUAUGCGUCUAUGGAGGCACCGAGAGUGACGCCGAUGGAGGCUCCGUCGGGGGUAUUACCGAACCUUCCCAAGCUGGAGAUAAUGGUGGCAGAGGAGCUGCCUAUCGCGGUGGAAAUGGCGGAACAACAAUGGCACGAUGAGGACACUCGCUCUCUUAUUUUGUGGAGGACCGCCAACGCCUCCUUGUUCACAGGCAGACGUCAUGCAGCUGUCAAUGGCUAUGAGAUGUACAUCGCCAGUCGGGGUCUGGAGGGCAGGGUGACCCCAACCUUCUUAAAGAAGAAGUGGGAGAACCUGAAGCAUCAGUACAAGGCGCAUAAGUACUCCAAACCUGGGGUCAGCAUGGACGGUAGCGAGACCCCCGCCACGUCCUGGAAGUGGUACAAUUUGAUGGACGAAGCCAUCGGGGGCAGGCUGUCCAUGACGCCGCCCAUCUUCAUCGCCUCAUGCUCCCAGGAUUCUAUGGCGGGCGAAGCCGCGUCCAUGCCCACCCCAGAACGCUACGAAGCCGCGGGGUCCGUCCCGAAGAGGCGGCGGGUGGACCUGGGGGACGUGCUGAAGGAAACCAUGGACAAGGACGAGCGCUUCGAGCUGGAGCUGAGGGAGAUGGAAGCCAGGGCCAUAGAGCGGGAGGAGGCCAGGGCGAGGGAGGCGGCGGAGAGGGAGGAGCGGCGCCACCGCGAGGCGGUGGAGCGCGAGGAGACGAGGCACCGCGAGGCGGUGGAGCGCGAGGAGAGGCGGCACCGCGACGCCGUGGAGAGGGAGGAACGCUUCUUCAGAGAGAUGCGGGAGAGAGACGAUAGGAGAGACUCUGCUGCGAGAGAGGAGCGCUUCUUGGCCAUCCUCGAAGCUUUGAUCCAGAAAUAACAAUCUUUGUUGUUUCUACUCGGCCAGUCAAAUGUUCUGUGUCACAUCAAUCAUCUCGUUAUUAUUCAUUACACCUUCACUACGCCACCUUUACACCAGGGACUGAGGGGAGGGCUCGUCUACUACAUGUCUUUUUUUACGCUGCUUGCCUUUUAAUCCCAAAUGUUUUGAGGCUGUCGCUUGGCAAUUCAAAGACUUUCUACAAGCUCGGGCCAUAAUAGAGCCAGCUCCCUCGGGAUCAUUCACAGGCUUCUCCUUGUACUCCUGGGCUAUUGAAUGUUUUUUCUGGACGUUUUGUGGAUAAUCUGUGGAAAUAAACUUACUGUAAAAUGACGGACUGUCCCUGGCCCGGAGUUGUGUGUCAUCCAGAGAAUGACAUCUUGCUCAAAAAGGUUCAUUAUGUCUUCUUCUUCAUAUACUUUUUCAAAUGUUCUUGUAAUCAGACCAUAUUUUCAGUUUACUACCGUAUUUUUCGGACUAUAAGUCGCAGUUUUUUCAUAGUGCGACUUAUACUCAGGAGCGACUUAUGUGUGAAAUGAUUAACACAUUAGCGUAAAAUAUCAAAUAAUAUUAUUGAUCUCAUUCACGUAAGAGACUAGACGUAUAAGAUUUCAUGGGAUUUAGCGAUUAGGAGUGACAGAUUGUUUGGUAAACGUAUAGCAUGUUCUAUAUGUUAUAGUUAUUUGAAUUGACUCUUACCAUAAUCGGCGGUCACUCGAACGAGUAUGACAAUCCUCCUGGUAGGGGUGUAUCCCUUUAUGGAGGAUGCCUGUGCGUGACUUUGUUUAACGUGGGGAGACUGGUGCACAGACAGUCACCACACGAUCCUUGACAGAAUCGGGUCAGGGUCCAUAAUAUGUUACGUUAACAUACCAGGCACGUUCUCAGUUGGUUAUUUAUGCCUCAUAUAACGUACACUUAUUCAGCCUGUUGUUCACUAUUCUUUAUUUAUUUUAAAUUGCCUUUCAAAUGUCUAUUCUUGCUGUUGGAUUUUAUCAAAUACAUUUCCCCCAAAAGUGCGACUUAUAUAUGUUUUUUUCCUUCUUUAUUAUGCAUUUUCGGCCGGAGCGACUUAUACUCCGAAAAAUACGGUAUGUUACUGUUCUUGUGGAGGGAAAAAAAAACAUAUAGAAAAAUGUAUCUCUAUUCUUACUUGCUGGUGUAGAAAAAAUAAAAUUGCCUGUAAAAUAGAGGAAGAAAUUUACGAUUUUUGUGCAUUAUUUUAAAAAAAAAAAAAAAUGACAUACCGUAUUUUUCGGACUAUAAGUCGCAGUUUUUU